CGCAUCCUGCCUUUCCUCAGUGACACUUAGAAAGAAGGAAAAAAAGUGGAAAUGUUAAUCACAGUGAAAUGCGGUUAUGAACAGGACACAUCUGCACUGUUCCAUGAAGUUUACAGUCCUACUUUUUUAUUUCAUCGUUGUGCUUUUGAGACAAACCAAGUGCACUUCAGUAUGCAGUAAGGAGACUAUUGGAAUUGUGCAGCUCCUACAGAACAACUCGUCCAACAUGAAAUUAUAUGAUGGUGAGCUAUACACACCAACAGUAAGUGAUUAUAUGAACUGCUCCAUGUCCACACUUAAUUGCUUUGCUAAGGAGAUCAACGUGUUUAUUAUUGAGACUGACCAAAAAGGACAUGGAGCAUCCUUGCCCACAGUGUGAGCUCUACAAUAAAGUUCAUGUAAGGAUUUUUUUGAAGACUUUACUGAACAUUUUACAA